CCCUCGUCCUCGCAGGAAGGCGCACCCCGCCUGCCCCUCGCAGCCACCCACACUCCGCCUCCGGGCGGACCCCGGCUUUUCAGCCGCACGCGUGCCCGAAGACCCCCGCCCCGUCUGUGCACCGGCUUCGAACCUGACACUAGCGCCGCCUGGAGCCUUGCGGACCGGGACCGAACACGCCUCCCCCGACCCGGAGCGUCCCGCGGCCACCGGGGGCGGGGCAGCGGGCAAGGGGCGGGCCCGGGCCAGAGGUGGCGGAGCCCAGGCUCUCUGGAACUGCAGCCGAGGCGCAAACGCAACUCCGAGUGGAGCCGGGAAAGAGCCCCAAGAACAGGAGAAAGAGAGAAGGGCUCUGUCCCCUUCCUGCCGGUCUCCGGGAGCAGCGUCUAUUGUCGCCACCCCAGAAUAAAGAACCCUGCGCCGCACUCGCUGGGCGCCGGGAUGCCGCAGGUUUCGAAUGGAGCUCAGAUAAUGCACCCCAAAGACGCUAGCAAGGGCACAGACACAUUAAGGGAGAGCUGAGUGUCAGCAGAAAGGGGAGACAUCAGCCUUGCAGACAUCACUCAGAGGAUUCCAGCAGGUUCACCCACAGCACUUCCUGGCCAGAUGGCGAUCACCAUGAGGGUCAUGGAUGAGAAUGCCACCAACACCUCCACCAACUUCCUUUCUAUGCUUGAUCUCCACGAAGACCAAGCUGCCUCCCUCCCUUUCAACUUCAGCUAUGGAGACUAUGAUAUGCCCUUGGAUGAUGAGGAGGAUGUCACCAAUUCCCAGACUUUCUUUGCUGCCAAGAUUGUCAUUGGCAUGGCCCUGGUGGGCAUCAUGCUGGUCUGUGGCAUCGGCAACUUCAUUUUUAUUGCUGCCCUGGUCCGCUACAAGAAGCUGCGCAACCUCACCAACCUGCUUAUUGCCAACCUGGCUGUCUCUGACUUCCUAGUGGCCAUUGUCUGCUGCCCCUUUGAGAUGGACUACUACGUGGUGCGCCAACUCUCCUGGGAGCACGGUCAUGUCCUGUGUGCCUCCGUCAACUACCUGCGCACCGUGUCUCUCUAUGUCUCCACAAAUGCCCUGCUGGCCAUCGCCAUUGACAGGUAUCUGGCCAUUGUCCACCCGCUGAGACCAAGGAUGAAGUUCCAAACAGCUACUGGCCUGAUCGCCUUGGUGUGGACGGUGUCCAUCCUCAUCGCCAUCCCUUCCGCCUAUUUCACAACCGAAACGGUCCUCAUUAUUGUCAAGAGCCAGGAGAAGAUCUUCUGUGGCCAGAUCUGGCCAGUGGACCAGCAGGUCUACUACAAGUCCUACUUCCUUUUCAUCUUCGGCAUCGAGUUUGUGGGCCCUGUGGUCACCAUGACCCUCUGCUAUGCCAGGAUCUCCCGGGAGCUCUGGUUCAAGGCGGUUCCUGGGUUCCAGACCGAGCAGAUCCGGAAGCGGCUGCGUUGUCGCCGGAAGACGGUCCUGGUGCUCAUGUGCAUCCUGACUGCCUACGUGCUGUGCUGGGUGCCCUUCUAUGGCUUCACCAUCGUGCGUGACUUCUUCCCCACCGUGUUCGUGAAGGAGAAGCACUACUUGACCGCCUUCUAUGUCGUCGAGUGUAUCGCCAUGAGCAACAGCAUGAUCAAUACCCUGUGCUUUGUGACCGUCAAGAACAACACUAUCAAGUACUUCAAGAAGAUGGUGGUGCUCCAAUGGAAGACUUCUUUCAACGGGAGCAAGUCCAGCGCAGACCUUGAUCUCAAAACGGUGGGAAUGCCUGCCACUGAAGAGGUGGACUGCAUCAGAUUAAAGUAACUCCAUGGGCCUUGUAAAGUUUAAAUGCAAGAUGGGACCUUGGGGACACCGACCAAUAUGCUUGUAGACAAGCAUCAACCAAGAAUUUUUGGGUUGCUACAGAGGGCAGAGUAAGUGGGCAACUGUGUAAAUACUGCAUUCAAGAAACUCAAAAUUUCUAAAACUGAACUAUCUACGUACUGUCACCAUGGCUGCCAUUCAUGAUCUCAUUUGUGCAAAGAAUAGGCAGGGAUGAAAGCUAGAUAUGCUGAGAACAUUUAGUUGGCAAAAUGAAAUAGAGACUAAACCAAGGAAAAUGCUGUGGUGUAGACAGUCUGGGAUAAAGGGUUUUCAAAAGUGAACAAGGAUCGGGAACCAGCAGUUAGCGUAAUGGCUAUGUCGCUGGACUCCCACGUAGUCGACCGC